UCUCGGCAUAUGUUAUCAUAGCUCAGAGCAUCUCCAAUGGUUCCUCUUGAGGACUUGCUUCCAAUUUUAAAGCUCAUAGCUUACCAUUGGAGCGUUACUUCUCCUUUUGCUUGAGAAAGCUAAUUAGCCAAAAUGAGCUACUAGCUUGAGCAAAGAGAAGUACUAAAUAUAACACUAUUAAUAAUAAAUGAAGAGGAAGAUGUCAUAGCUUACCAUUGGAGUACAUUUUAAUUUUGCUGUAAAUGCUUAUGUUGCUAGCCAAGCUAUGUGGGUAAUUAGCUAACCGUUGGAGAUGCUCUCAGUGAACUCAUCUUCUAAAAUAACUUCUCUGUUUCUUAUCUUAUUCAAAGCAGAGGAUCUCACGUCCGAAAAUAUACGGAAAUCAAACAAACUGCUAUGCAAGAAGAAAAGAGGACAGCCGGACAGGAGCCUGGUGGAGUCUUCAUGUAGCUGCAAAUUAUCGAAGAGAAUAGAAGAAGCAUUUCACCGGAAUGCUAUGUGUCUAUCGGCCGGAACUGGACAACUAGGAGGUGGCGGCGAUAUUUUCCCCAACAACAGAUUGGAAGAUGAUUUAGGAGAUUUGAGUUCAUAUAUUUCUUAAUGACGAAUCUGGAAUGAGUUUAUAUUAAACUCAAAUGAGUAUAAGCUUAAAAACAAUGAACAUACACAAAUGAAUAUCGAGCAUAUUAAAAAGGAGUUUUAUGUAAAUUCAAAUGAGUAUAAAUCCGAAAAUGAAUGAGCAUUCACAAACGAUCUUUUGAAUGUUCUGUACUCAUUUGUGAGUUAUGUAUGCUCAUUUGGUACCUCUUCAUGCUCAUUUCAAACGUAUCAUACUAAUGUUAAACUCAAAUGAGUAUAAGGCCAAAAUGAAUGACCAUACACAAAUGAGUUUUCAAAUUUUUUGAUACUCAUUUUGUAAGUUACAUAUGCUCAUUUGAUGUUAUUUUAUGCUCAUUUAAAAAGA